ACCUGAUAUUUAUCCUUCCAAGAGAGACUCUUUGGAUAUGGGGAGUUGGUUCUUUCUUUCCCCGCGCGACUGCGACUCUGUAAAAGCUUGAAACAUUUGGGCCACGGAAGCUCCAUACAUCUUUCGGCAGCAUUUUCCCCGCUUUCAGUUGGCACCCAAUAAUGGUAUCAAUAUAAAGUGCAUGUGUAAGCUUAAGAGGAGACCUGAAUUUGAGGUAUUCGGUUAAGUCAAGGGUCUAACUGCAGAGGAAUUGGGCAAUUGUGGCUGCUUUCAUUUUUGUUUUGUUUUGGUCUCAUCUGUGUUUGAARCAGUCCUCUCUGCUUAUUUCCAWUCUACGCCAGUCCCCUUUUAUGUAAUUGUAUUUUGGAAACUGAGGAAAUGAUGUUUCUCCAAGCCUCUUCCAUCUCGAUGUCAGUUUCACCUCAAUAUGCAGUACGUAAUGCUUUUAGUUUGCAUCGGUUCUUGACGGUCCCUACUGAAUAUCGGACUUUUAAGCCUUCUUGUUAUUCUAAAUAUCAUUCGGAUGGUAUUCUGCUGAACCUUGUACCCUAUAGCCACAGCCGAAAACUUCCUUACCUUGCUGUUUCAUCUAAAUCCAAUUCAGAACAUGACCCUCAACCUAGUGCUGAUUCUAAAGUGAAACCGAAAUCAAGAAGUCACAGUAAGAAGGCCAAAGCUUCUGAAAAGGAGGAAGAAAAUGGUGCUAGGAUGUUUCCAUCAACGAUCCCGAGGAAGCCUCGACGUGGCCGUAGAAGUGAAGCUGCAGCUCUUGAAGAUUUUGUUCGCAACACACUUGAACAAACAUUUGCAUCGAUUCGACAGCAAAAUGCAGAAGUAAUGGAAAAUAAGGAGAAUGUAUUCAAGGAAAGAGCUGAUGACAAGGUUGAGUUUGACAGCAGCAGCGACAACGACGAUGACGAGGAGGAAGAGGAGAUAGAUGAAAGUGAUGGAACUGGAAGAAAGAAGAAGAAGAAGAUGGUAGUGGAGGAAGAAGAUCCGAAUUGGCCACUGGAUGCUGAUGUGGGAUGGGGAGUUCGAGCAUCGGAAUAUUUCGAACAGCACCCGAUCAAGAAUGUAGUUGGGGAUGAUGGUGUUGAAAUCAACUGGGAAGGGGAAAUCGAUGACAACUGGGUGAAGGAAAUCAACUGCUUGGAGUGGGAGAGCUUUGCUUUCCAUCCUAGUCCACUUGUUGUUCUUGUUUUCGAAAGAUAUAACAGGGCCACUGAUAAUUGGAAGACUUUGAAAGAACUAGAGAAAGCACUACAAGUAUACUGGAAUGCAAAAGAUCGCUUGCCACCCCGGUCGGUUAAGAUCGAUAUCAACAUCGAGAGAGAUCUAGCAUACGCUUUGAAAGUUAGAGAAUGCCCUCAAAUUUUAUUUUUAAGAGGAAACAAGGUCUUGUACAGGGAAAAAGACUUUCGGACAUCAGAUGAAUUGGUUCAGAUGAUUGCAUUUUUCUACUACAAAGCAAAGAAGCCUUUAUGGAUCGAUGAUAAAGCUUUGUCUCGACCGUUUUGACCUCGAACCUCGUCCAUCUGCUCAAACAUACUCUAUACUUGCGGAGAUACUGAUAAACAUACAUAUGAUCCCAAGUUCUCAACCAACAACAUAAGAGAAACAUGUUUUUCAGUGAGAACUUCAAAACAAGUAAAUAUAUUGGUUUUUCUGAGAAUCUAUUUUGUAAUCUUUAGUUUCAAGAGAGAUUCGAAGGCAGUAAAAUCUGAACUAAAUAGAUGUCUUUCACAGGCUUCCUUUGAACUGCUCAAUGAUCUGUUUCAAGAGCUGAAAUUUGCAUAUUUUUUAAUCAUUUGGCUUAGUCAGUAA